UGAAAUCACUGUCGUUUCUGUCUUUCCAUGAUCUCACCAUAAAGUCUAUGAAAAUUGGCUCCUAAAUCAAAUGCAUAUUAUUUUGUCCUCACUCACACCAAUCACAAGUCCCUCAGAUUCUUCCCAUUUUCAUUGAAGAUCUGCCUUAAGCUUUGCGUCGGUGACUCCUAUAUCUAUCUACCCUCUUCAUUUAUUUUAUUCAAAUUGUGUUUUUAAUUGUCAAUCUGCUCGCCUUUGCGUACUCAACUUCCAUCCAAUCUUGUUAAUUUAAUUGCUUUCUUUGCUUCUAAUUUCUUGCCCCAAUUUAUAUUUAAAUACCCAUUUCUCUGAUUUUGCAAUAAUGAAAUCUGUCUUCAGCUCUUGUUUCUCUUCAAAAAUGGCAUUUUAUUGAUAAAGUUGUGAAAUUUCCUAUUUGAAUUUUAAAAGUUUGCUGAUUUUUUUUGUUUAAUCAUCCCAAUUAGUGUAAACCCAGAAAAGGAUAUCUGAAAAUGUCUUCAAUUCGAGUUGAUUCUUCAAAGCAAUUAGCCACCAGUAGUCUUGUGAUAGGUUAUGCUAUAUGUUCAAGCUUGUUAGCUGUGAUUAACAAGUUUGCUAUUACUAAAUUCAAUUUCCCUGGUUUAUUAACUGCAUUGCAGUACUUGGUUUCUGCUUUAGGUGUUUGGGUUUUUGGAAAGUUUGGAUUUUUACAUCAUGAUGCUUUCAAUUAUGAAACUGCUAAGAAGUUUUUACCUGCUGCAAUUGUUUUCUAUUUAGCAAUCUUUACCAAUACUAAUCUUCUGCGUUAUGCUAAUGUGGAUACUUUUAUAGUGUUCAGAUCUUUAACACCCCUUUUGGUUGCUAUUGCUGACACUAUCUUUCGUAAGCAACCGAUUCCGUCAAAGCUUACGUUUUUGUCUUUGUUUGUCAUAUUGGGUGGUGCUGUUGGUUAUGUCGCUACUGAUUCGGCUUUUACUUUGCGAGCUUACUCUUGGGCAUUAGCUUAUUUGGUGACUAUCACCUCUGAGAUGGUUUACAUUAAACACAUUGUGUCAAAUGUUGGGUUGAACACAUGGGGUCUUGUGUUUUACAACAAUCUGUUGUCGUUGAUGAUGGCGCCAUUGUUUUGGGUUCUCACGGGAGAGUAUAAUGAGGUGUUUGCUGCUUUAGGAUCCAAUGCUGGGAAUUGGUUUCAAUUUGAUGCGUUUUUUGCAGUGUCCUUGUCUUGUGUGUUUGGUUUGGCUAUUAGUUUCUUCGGAUUUGCAGCAAGGAGAGCAAUAUCUGCAACUGCAUUCACCGUCACUGGUGUUGUUAAUAAGUUUCUUACGGUUGUGAUCAAUGUGCUUAUUUGGGAUAAGCAUGCUAGUCCGUUCGGUUUGCUUUGCCUCCUCUUCACGCUUUCUGGAGGCAUACUUUAUCAGCAGUCGGUUACUAGAAUCGGAAAUGAGCCGGUCAAUAAGCAACCCAUCGAUGAGAAUGAUGCAGCUGAAGAGACUGAAUUUAUCAAAAAAACUGAUGGUGAUGAAGAGAGCUAAGGGAGGAGCAUAUCUGGUAAAUUGCUUCUGUAUUUUAUAUGGUUUUGUAGCCUGUUUAGUAUUGAUGACAAUUUGAUGAGCAUUAUUGCUAAUUAUCUUUGUAUGGAGGUAUAAUCUGUGUCACUAGGAAUUAAAAUUGCAUCUUAGUUGUAUUAGAUAAUUAAAAAAUGUUGUUUUUUUCAUUCUACAUAUUGUUUAAUAUUCGAUGAAUGCUUUGGUCCUUAA